AUGGCUUUUGCUCAAUCUUUCUACAACCAAAGCUCCGUCUUGAGAAUCAAUGUUAUGGUUGUGGACGAUGAUCCUGUUUUCCUUCAAAUUAUGUCACGCAUGCUUGAAAAAUCCAAAUACAGAGAUCCAUCCAUCAUGGAGAUCACGGUUAUAGCUGUAAAAGACUCGACAGAAGCAUUGUCUACUCUUAAAAUCCAAAGAAACAAUAUCGAUCUUAUCGUCACAGAUUAUUACAUGCCUGGCAUGAACGGACUACAACUCAAAACACAGAUCACUCAAGAAUUUGGCAAUUUCCCGGUCAUAGUUAUGUCAUCGGACACCAACAAAGAAGAGGAGAGUUUAACUUGUGGAGCGAUGUGUUUCAUUCCAAAACCCAUCAAAGCAACUGACUUAACCAAGAUUUACCAACUUGCUUUAACUUAUAAGAGGAAUGGUAAGUCCAUAUCACGGACGGAGCAGAACCACAAGGACACAGAUGUUAGUAUCCCUCAGCAAAUCCAGUUGCUUCCUGAACAAGCUAAUGUCUUGAAGACCAAGAAGAAGAAGAAGUUCUCACCUAGAUCGGAUUCAAUUACCGCGAGCAGUUCAAAUGGAAGUUGCGUUAGUACCGACGGUUCACGAAAAAAUCGUAAACGAAAAUCAAACGGUGGUUCUGGUGAUAAUGUUGCGUCUCUGUCGCAGCCCUCCAAGAAGAGUAAGAUUACGUGGUCGGAUUAUCUCCAAGACCUUUUCUUACAAGCUAUCCGACAUAUCGGUCUUGACAAGGCUGUGCCAAAGAAAAUCUUAGAGUUCAUGAACGUUGAUUACUUGACAAGAGAGAACGUAGCCAGCCAUUUACAGAAAUAUCGACAGUUCUUGAGGAAAGUGGCGGAACAAGGAAUGUGCUAUUCAAGCAUGAUCUCGGGUAGAAGCACAGACUCGAUUUAUCCAUAUGCUCACUUCAGAGAGCCGUACUACAACAAUUACACACCCUCUAUUACCUCUUGGUACGACACGAGUCUUAACAAUAGAUCAUUCUAUUCCAAAACCGGACAUGGUCUUGGACAGUCUAGACUCUUAUCCAACACACGUGAGCCCGUCCGCUUCAACCAGAUGCCUUACAGCUACAUGAACCGGUCAUCCACCUACGAGCCGCACCGUAUUGGAUCAAACUUGGCCAUGCCCAUCAAAAGCAACCUCAAUAUCUCAGUCCAACCAUCUCAGAACGAAGGAAGAGGAAGCUUUCUUGAACCAAUCGUGAUGGCGAACAAAACAGGCCAAACAUCUCAAGUUCUUGGGUUUGGACAACAUGGACUGUCGGCUAUUAAUGGUAAUACUUUCAACAAUAACACAAUGAGCAGCUAUGGAAGUCUAUCUCCUAAUCAACCAGGAAUGAGCAGCCAUGGGAGUUUAACUUCUAUUCAACCAAGGACUAGCAGCCAUGGAAGUUUAACUCCUAAUCAACCAGGAUUGAGCAGCCAUGGAAGUUUAACUCCUAAUCAACCAGGAUCGAGCAGCCAUGGAAGUUUGGCUCCUAAUCAACAUGGAAUGAGAAGCCAUGGAAGUUUAACUUCUAACCAACCAGAAAUAAGCAGCUAUGGAGGUUUAACUUCUAAUCAACCAGGACUGAACACUUAUGGAAGUGUAACUCCUAAUCCAGGUCUGAACAACUAUGGAAGUUCAACUCCUAAUCAAACAGGAGGUAGCUCCUUAUUGUAUGGGAUGCAAUUGCUCUUAAACAAUGAGAACACUGCCAAUAAUCCUCAGCCACAUGCCAAUGCAACUACACAUCAAAAUCUUGAAAUUCCUCAACUGGAGAAUCUCAACUUAUCUGAUGCUCUCGGCAAUACUAAUGAGCUUCCUUGCGAUCUAAGUAACUUUCCAGUCAAUCACAACAAGCCACAGGAAGAAGCAGAUUCCACCACCAAAUUUGAACUCCCUGCAAAUUUUCCAACUGAAUUGAAUCAGAUCUUCUCGCUUGAAGAAAAUGGUGACGGAACCUUUGUGAACAUAAACCAGACUUGUAUAUAUGACUUUGUUGUGAAGGGUCAUUCUAGUAGAGAAACACCAAACAUUUCUGCUCCUACGGAGACGAAUUCUCCAAUUCUCAACAUGAACCCUAACCAUGAUCAGGAACAAGAUGUCCCGGAUUUUAUCGAUUGGUCGUUAUUGGAUCCGCAGGACUUGGCUGAUGAGUAUGACUUCAUGGACUCUCUGUUCAACAAUGACAUGAACUAA